GUCAAGGCAGCAGUUGACUUGUGCUCUGCUUCGUUCAUCCACUCAAUCAUUCGAGCACCAAGGCCACACCCAUGGCGGCGCUCCCGCUGCACCUGCUCCUCCUCCUCCCACUCCUCGCCGCCGUCUCGUUCUGGUGGCUCAAUCGCGCGGCGUCGCGCCGGCGAGGCGGCGGCGCGCGGCUGCCCCCGUCGCCGUGGGCGCUCCCGGUGAUCGGCCACCUGCACCACCUCGCGGGCGCGCUCCCGCACCGCGCCAUGCGCGACCUCGCGGCGCGCCACGGCCCGCUCAUGCUGCUCCGCCUCGGCGGCCUCCCAGUCGUGGUGGCCUCCUCGGCGGACGCCGCCCGGGAGGUGAUGCGGGCGCGCGACCUCGACUUCGCGACGCGCCCCGUGACGCGGAUGGUGCGGCUGGCCAUCCCCGCGGGAGCCGAGGGCAUCAUCUUCGCGCCCUACGGCGAGGGCUGGAGGCAGAUCCGCAAGAUCUGCACCGUCGAGCUGCUCAGCGCCCGCCGCGUCCAGUCCUUCAGGCCCGUCCGCGAGGAGGAGGCCGGUCGGCUCCUCCGCGCCGCGGCGUCGGCGUCGGCGACGCCGCCGCGGGCGGUGAACCUGAGCGAGCUGCUGUCCGUGUACGCCGCCGACUCCUCGGUGCGCGCCAUAAUCGGGAGCCGGUUCAAGGACCGGGACACGUUCCUGGGCAUGCUGGAGCGCGGGCUCAAGCUGUUCGCCAAAAUGAGCCUGCCGGACCUCUUCCCGUCGUCGCGCCUCGCCAUGCUCGUCAGCCGAAUGCCCGGCCGGAUGAAGCGGCAUCGGCAGGAAGCGGUGGCGUUCAUGGACGCCCUGAUCCGGGAGCACGAGGAGAGCAGGGCGUCUGACGACGGCAAGGAGGACCUGCUCGACGUGCUCCUGAGGAUCCAGAGGGAAGGUGAUCUGCAGGUUCCGCUCACCACUGACAACAUCAAGUCAGUGGUCGGAGACAUGUUCGCCGGAGGCAGCGAGACGGCUGCGACGACGCUGCAAUGGAUCAUGGCCGAGCUCAUGAGGAGCCCGAGAGUGAUGCAGAAGGUGCAAGACGAGGUCCGGCAAGCACUUGCCGGACGGGCUACAGUAACAGAGGAUGAUCUUAGCAAUCUGCAGUACAUGCGGCUGGUCAUCAAGGAGGCUCUUCGGCUACACCCACCCGUGCCACUUCUACUCCCACGAGAAUGCCGGAACACAUGCCAGGUCCUAGGGUUUGAUGUGCCGGUGGGCACGAUAGUGUUCGUGAACGCAUGGGCGAUUGCCAGGGACCCCAACUACUGGGAGACGCCGGAGGAAUUUGUGCCUGAAAGAUUUGAGAGUAGCAAGGUUGAUUUCAAGGGGACGGACUUCGAGUACCUACCGUUCGGGGCGGGACGGAGGAUGUGCCCGGGAAUGGUGUUUGGGCUUGUGCACCUGGAGCUCGCACUCGCUGGCCUCCUUUACCAUUUUGACUGGGAACUACCGUUUGGAAUGAAGGCGGCGGAUCUGGACAUGACCGAGGAAAUCGGGGUCACCGCACGACGGCUUCAAGACCUCCGGCUGGUUCCCGUCAUCCGAGUGCCUGUGCCGGUGGACUAGCGGCACAAGUGGUGCUUUGUGUUCCUUGGUGCAGCAGCGGUGGCGGCGUUUGGAGACAUGUACUUCUUAUAUGUACAUGAGACCCGAAACUACUAAUAAGGUCCAUGCUUAUUUGUACUGCUGAGGUCCUUACGUGCUGAGUUUCUUUAGUGUUCAGUUUUUACACAUUCGGUGUGGCAAAUCUUGUAUCUGGUAUUUACAUGUAAGUACAGCUGUAAUACAUUUCGUGAAACAGACC